AUGUCAUGCCUAAGUUUAUGGUAUCUGUGGCUCAUAUCAACCUUUCAGUUAGGGUUCGCAACGGCUAGUACUGCAAAUACAACAACUACAGCAAAGUACAAAACCUCUUCUUCGACGGAGAACCCGUUUCCGGUACUAACAGUGGGUAAAGAUGGUAGAGGAAACUACUAUGUGAAUAGCACAUUCGGCACACCUGGUCAAAAUCAGCGUCUAGCAGUAGAUAUCAUCCAACCAUACAUAAACCUGGUUUCCGGAACGAACGAAAGCCACAGCGAGUAUUUCAAUGUAUACCAUAACCACCCUACUUACUUCAUUAACGAGUCUACAUCAUCUGUUCCUGUCUCUCCUGGCCAAAUAUAUGAGCUUUCUUUCAUCGACGGUAGAGCUGUUAACUCUACUUUGGUAACAGACGAUAUGAACUUUACUAAUGUUUUACCAGAAAAUUCCUCGACCGCUUUGGCAACUGAUUUAAUGAUAACUCGAGAUAACGUACAAUUUAACUCAGGGAGCUUAUCCAUUUCGAACGUUUCGUUUUUCAAUAUUGAGUCCUCCAAUUUUAAGACAUCGGGUUUGUUGGGGUUAAGUGGAAAGAUCACAAACCCAGGCAAUGAUAUUGACAGCUCACAAUACACUGAACAAUCUUAUUUCCUAUCUUUAUUAAAAGAUGCAAACUUCAUUGAAAGUUCGUCAUAUUCAUUGUGGUUGGCUGGCGACACUUCCACAUACGAAACAUAUAGAGAUCCAAUAUUCAAUUGCGGGAAGCUGCUUCUCGGAGGGGUUGAUCCUUCGCUGUUUACCGGUACGCUGGGAAAAUUUGACUUGAUUCCGUAUGUUGACCCAGUGAGUAAUGCGGUAAGUAUUGGGUACCCAAUCGUGCCAUUGGGUCCGAUUUACAUUGUGUCCAACAGUGGACAAAGUUUGAAUAUGACUUCUAAAGACUUCUUGAGCCCAGCUUUGCUUGAUUCCACAUCUUCAGUUAGUUAUCUGCCAACUAGUACUAUUAUUCAGAUCGCCGUUCAAAUUGCGGCCACUUAUGUGGAAUCGCUAGAUAGAUGGCUAGUCCAAUGUUCUAUGGCAGAUAUGGGUGUCUCCUUGGGUUUUAGGCUUCGAGAAUUGACAAUCGAAAUCCCUCUACGUGAUUUGUUAUCAUCUACUUACGAUACAUCCACUAAUUCCUCGAUGUUUUUCGGUUCGGGACAGGAAGCAUGUUUUCUAACACUAUAUGCUAAUACAAAUACGGGAUUAAACAUACUCGGAGAAGCUUUCAUGAAAAAUAUAUACAUGGCAAUGGACCUAGAAGAUAACACUAUAGCCAUUGCGCAGGCAAAGAAGGUUGAAGAUGAUGCUGUCACUGAUGACGCAAACGAAACCACUAAACCAACUAUCAUCAAGAAGAUCAGAUCCGGUUACAUUCCUUAUGCGAAAGCGAUGAAUAGUAGUAGUACAAGAAACUUGACUCUUUAUCCAUCCAAUAGGUCCGGCUAUAUGCUCACUGUCCCAGGUCAGCUAACAGCAGCAUAUUCAAACGGCGUGAUUACAGGUGCGGGCCGGUCAUUCUAUGAUACUUCAAGAGCAACCACAAGUCCAAGACCAUCUAGUAGUCAAUUCGACAGUUUUUCUGUGUCAGCCUCAGAUGAGUGGUCGAAUUCAACUAAUAGAACAAGCAGUGUUUCAGGGGCGGGCGUUCGAUUGAGCAGUCCCUAUACAAUUAACAAUAAUCCAGCAGGAUUUGUGGCCCGUGUAGCUUCAUUGCUACUGCUCUCGACGUUCUCAAUACUUAUUGUUCUUUGA